GAGAGAGAGAGAGAGAGAGAUAAAGGGAGAGAAAGAGACAAGGGGGAAAGGGAGAGAGAGAGAGAGAGAAAAAAAAGGGAACGUGACUCGAGAGAGAAAGAUAGCCGCAGAAGAGACGAAAGGAAAAAAAGAACAAGAGAGAGAGAGAGAGAGAGUAGUAGUAGUAGUAAUAGUAGUAGUGGUAGUGGUAGUAAUAGUAGUAGUAGUAGUAGUAAAAAAAAAAGAAAAAGAAAAAAAUUUUUUUGUUUUCUUUCUCCUACUCUCUCCUUCCUUCCCAUAGGAAAUUCAACUUUGACUAAAACCAACAAGAUAUGUCCUUUCACGUUUUAUCUUUCUUUACAACGUCAUAUUUCCCUGCUUUUUAUUUAUCGUCGCCAUAGUCAUAAUCAUACUCGUCGUCGUUGUCGUCGUCGUCGUCGUCGUCGUCGUUGUUGUUAUUAUUACGUGCCUUUUUUGUUUUUCUUUUUUUGUUGUUGUGUUCUUUUUUUUUCUGUUUUAACAAAAAUUUUCGUUCACGGCUUUUCCCAUUAUUUUCAAGCUAAGAGAAAAAGUAAAAUCGUAAACUCGCUUUUCAACUCUAUGCUCGCUGGCAUGUCGUUCGCGAACGCACGCACGCACGCACGCACGCACAGAAACAUACAUAAAUUCAUAAUCCUUCUUUAGAGGUGAAUUUCGAAAGCAAAGAAUAAAAAUCAUACGUCCUGUUAUUCCACAAUGAACAGGAUUUGAAAAAAAAUCUUCAACGAAGAAAAUAAUUCUUUUUCUCUCUCUCUCUCUCUCUCUCUCUCAUUCUCUUUCUCUCUUUAUUUUUCGCUUUUCAACGAUGUCGGAGUGUAAGAAGAACGAUUGUUUACCUUGUAAUUCGGCCGACGUUAUUUCCUACGCGAGAUUAUCUUUUCCAUUAACUCUUAUCUACCGAGUAGACAAGUACAAGCAGCCGUUGUUGCUACGAGAGCUCGACGCUUAAGAUGACGUCGGAGAUGAUAUCGAGGAACGUGAUAGACUUUAAACACAUUCCGUACGUGCAUGCAAUACCCAAAAGAUGGCCAAGCGAUACUGCCUGCGCGUUACCGACGACCACUCUCUCAACAUCACCACCACCACCACCACCACCACCAUCAUCAUCCCUCUCUUUCUCUUCCUCAUCCUUCUUGUCGUCCUCCUCAAUCCCCCUUUUCAACCCCUUCAAUCUCAUUCUAUCUCUCCAUUGACAAAGGCCAGAUCGUUCUACGGUAUAAACUAUUUACGGCAUAAAUAACAAGCGUAAUCAUUUUACACGUGAAGUAUCUAUUAUAACCUAUUAAAACCAACAAUAUCAAAUACUUAACGUCGCUCUAUUACAAAUGUAAAAAUUUCCAAAGUAUACUCAUCACUUACGUUAAUUAUAAUAUUAUCUAAUGAAUUCUAAACCAGAGCCGACGAACGCCGUUAAUUUUCUUGACGGCCGUAUAUAAUUUUGAUGAUUUAAGAGAACAAGAGAGAGAGAGAGAGAAAGAGAGAAUAUAAAUUAUUACGUCACGAAAAAAAAAAAA